AUGACCAGCAAUGUCGACAUUCACUCCAGAUGGGUGACCGCGUUGCGGACGCAGGCAAAGACGGUUGAUGCCCCGCCCACAGAUGCUCUCUCCUGUCCCUAUUGCGAACAUUCUGGAAGGAUAUUCCAAAGUCUUGACCAGCUUGUCAACCACGCCAACGUGGAACAUGCCUCUGUCCUGGAAGCGAACCCGGAAACGGCCCGUGCUCAGGUGCGAGAUGCAGCCCUGCGGAUGAAGGGCCCAACGGACCGGUCUUCUGACGCCACUGCCGGAGGGGGCUCCACACCCGACAUCACCGCCUUGUCACUGGAAGCUAGAGGUCGCCUGUCUCCAUCUGGAAGGAAGAGACCUGCCGAUUCGGAUUUUCACGCUCGGCGAGGUAAGGCACCGGUUCACCCGGAGAUCUAUGAUGAAGAAGAGUAUGCUAGAGAUCUCCGACGCACCGUCGUCCCUGAAAGGACACGACCAAAGCCCAGCAAUCCUCGGCUGUACGAUCCCACACAAGACCAAAAAGGCACUAGAGCUUCAUAUCGAGCCCCCGAAGUUGCCAGUGAAUGGUCCGUGGAAGCCAAUCGUAGUCAGCCUCAAUCUCGGACACCGCUGUCCACCACCCGUCCUCCUACUGUACAACACCACACACCUAAGCCAGCGGUCUCGUCCGCUUCCCAUCGCUCGCAACCUGGUCUGAUCGAAAUCCAACGAUACGACUCCCGGUACCCCGGCCUCCUCUUACAGCCAGAUUCGCGGCCAAUCUCCCAAGAACAGCUCGCUUCGGAAGUGAAGUCGAUUUAUGCUGGUCUCACAAUGGUGGAGACCAAGUGCAUCCAUGUUGACCGGGCACAAGCUGCUGCUUUGCAGGACGGCUCAGAUCCAACCGCAAGGCUCGCAAGCGAUCAUUGGCAGGCACUUAUCGCGCUCCAUAGAACCUUACUGCAUGAGCACCACGACUUCUUCCUCGCUUCUCAGCAUCCUUCUGCCUCUCCCGCUCUUCGGCGGUUGGCGGCGAAGUAUUCGAUGCCAGCGAGAAUGUGGAAGCACGGUAUCCAUUCUUUUCUUGAGUUACUGCGUCGUCGUCUUCCUGAGAGCAUUGAUUAUAUGCUUGCUUUCAUAUAUCUCGCGUAUCAGAUGAUGGCGCUUCUUUAUGAGACUGUACCGGCAUUCGAAGAUACAUGGAUUGAAUGCCUAGGUGAUUUAGGUCGUUAUCGCAUGGCGAUUGAAGACGAGAACCCUCGGGACCGUGAAACGUGGGCUGGCGUUGCACGAUCAUGGUAUAGUAAGGCCGCUGACAAGAACCCGUCUGUUGGCCGGUUGUAUCACCACUUAGCGAUCCUGGCACGCCCUAACGCUCUUCGACAACUAUACUAUUAUGCCCGAUCAUUAACAUGCGUCAAGCCAUUUCCUAGUGCGAGGGAAUCCAUCCUGACACUCCUGGAUCCUAUUCUUCGUCGACCGGCGGAUCCAUAUUCCCACGACCCACCCAUUGACACGAAUUUCAUCCAAGCGCACGGUAUACUUUUUGGAAAAGCCUCAUCUGAGGAUUUUGAAGAUGCUCGCUUCGCUUUCCAAAGCCAGCUUGACAAUCAUAUCGGACGUGUGACUGCGAAAUGGAAAGAGCAAGGAGUUUAUAUUGCUGUCACCAACCUCGCAGGCCUGUUCAACUAUGGAAGUGAUGACUCUAUUCUGCGCCAGAUCCUCCUUCUACACGAGAAGCAGUUGACACGGUCUACAAGUUUAUCGUCGCAGUCCGAAGAAGAUAGCCGUUCUCCUUCACCCAUUGAAGAAGAUAAAUCAUCGCAGCCUAUGUCAGAAUCAGAAGUUGCGGCCCAAGUCGAAAUCCUAUCGUCCGACUUUACAUUCUCUCGCGCCUAUCUGCUCACGAUGGCCACACUCAUGCUAGUGCUCCGACGCAACGGUGACAAGAACGUACUUCCUCACGUCCACGUCCUUCUCUCGUUCUUUUCGGCCUUCGCCUCCAUAAAAUACGUUGCCCACUUUCUUGACCACGCUCCUUGGACCGAGCUUGUUUCCUUUCUAAAUACGUUAUUAAAAUCAGAACAACGACCAGAGAAGAUACUUCCCGGUCCCGUAUUCCUUGCGGAUCAAGCCGAUAGCCUUCCCCUCCCGGAAGAUUAUUUGAUACGCGGUCAAAUUUGGAGCCAAUGGUACUUCCCUGAAAGAUGGUUCAAGAGAGAGCAUGAUGAAGAAGAUCGGUCACUCGAGCUUGCGAGCACUGUUAAACUCCGGACUGAGAGGGUGUUGCGUCUGGGCUACGAACUGGCUACCUUCGAUCGCUGGCUAUCCUAUGACGAACAAACUCAUACAUUCUCCGUGACCAAUCCUUCCAACCCAUCUUGA